AUGAAAUAAUUAUCGAGAUCUUCAUAACAGCAUAAACCCAAAUAGAAGAGUGAACCUUCUCUCCUGCCUAAUAUCGAUAUUCUUAAAGAAAAUGUAAAGUCUAGUUUUGCUCUGGGUCAUUUGCGAGGUCUCUUGAGAUACAAAUAGAUGCGUGAACUUCCUAAAACUGACAUACAGGUGAAACGAGAUCAAACAUUUGGAGUGGCCAAUAAGCAAUCCAAGAAUAAAAGAUUGACUUUCCUUAAAUUUGGAUUCAGAACUCACGAGAAGAAGAAUAAUUACUACUUACAACCUUUAAUUAAAAAAGUUAGAGAUGUAUUUGGUGAUGCUGCCAAUGAUGGUUCAAUGGGAGUGGUAGAUUUAUGGAGUGAUCGUAAUGUCAAUCGAUUAAUGGAUGCCAUCCAGAUGACCAGAGAUAAUCUCAUAGUCCGCAAGUUGGGCAAAGAAUUGAACGAGGCUGACCGUUUCAUUCUUACUCGCAUUGAGGAAAAGAAAAUGAGGGACAGAGUGUUUAUGGAAUCACUCAAAUUGCAAUUCCAAGAAACUGACACAUUUUCAUUAAAAUUUCAACUUUCAGAAAAAGACAAGAAAAUUGUACAGCGAGUGGCAUAACCUACUGUCUCUAGCAAUCUAAGACACGCCAAUCCCAAUGAAAAUAUUUAGAACAUUGUUGAGAACAUAGAUUAGUUACAUCAGGAGAACUUGGAGAUCUACACUAAUCUAUACAAGUAAAUUAAGCAAAUCCAAAAAAAUAUUAAGUGA